AUGCAAAUACCAGUUUCAGUAGCUUUAGUAGCUUUAGUUCAACAAAAACAAGGUCAAGUACAAGUGCAAGCUCUGGAUAGUACUGAUGCGGUUCCAAAAAAAUGUCAGACUGCAACUAUUAUCGAAACUUGUGGUGGGAAAAGGGGGAAUUUAAUGAAAAAGCGAGAUGGGAUGAAGCAACAGGAAUAUGAACAACGUACAGAAAAGUUUAAUAUUCACGGAUGUUGGGAGUGGUCAAACGGAGAAGUCAUAAUCUAUGAACUUCCUUCUAUGCCACACGAAGUUAUUAUUGGUGCAGUUACUAGGAUGUUAUUGUACCAAUGCAAUGCAGUUGCUUUUACCAAUACUGAGAUUUAUAGUUUUGGUGCUACUACUGUAACUCCACCAAAUGGGAGUGAUAGAAAUGAUUUUCCUUGGCCAAAUUUAGUUGUAGAGGUGGCUUAUACCGAAACAUUAGAUCACGUCGAAGAAGCGUUGCACUACUGGUUAAGUCCUUGUCGCGCCCAUGAUUGUAUUAUUGUAAAAAUCGAUCCGGUUCCCCAAGGCCAAGUACCAGUCCGUAUGAGGGCUUGGCAUUACUGUGUCUCAGCAGGUAGAGGAACAAGAAAUAUAGUUCCUCUUGUAACUAUGUUUGAAUUUGGAACCCAAGAUGGCACGGGAACUGCAACAAAUAUUAAUCAAGGUCAAUGCAUCAUUAACAUAUCAUUAAGCUGUCUUUAUCAUGAGUUGAAGCCUCCUACCCGAAUCCCUCAAAAUCUUCCUGAUCCUAUUCCACUGGAUUUCUACUUUGCUCAACGUGCCGUCGCACGAGCAUUUAACAUUCACUAG